AACAGUGCAGACCAAUAAGCCUUCCGAGAGGCAGGUGCCUCGGCCCCCUCCUUCAAAUGUUCGGAACCGAUCGUCGGAAUUAGCCGAGUCAGGCAAGGAGGAGGCGGACAGCUCUUCCGCCCUCCUUAGGAGGGGCUGCAUUGCAGGGGGAGACCGCGCCGACAGGCUCUGUCACUGAGAGGGAGUGCAGAGACAAAGCCCCAGCAGCUUUCUUUCUCUCCAACCCUGAGCAGACGCCGGAGCCCUGAGCUACUCCCACCAUCUUUGAAGCACGCUAGUAAUUCAUUGAUAGCAGGGAGUCGGGCAAUAUCACAGCGGAUUAAGCGCACGUGGCGCGAGGCGAAAGGACCGGCCUGAGGAUCCCGGUUGGAGCCCCCGGCUCCCCACCUGCAAGGGGAGUCACUUCACAGGCGGUUAAACAGGAAGUGAUGAGGGACCCUGUGAGUAGCCAGUACAACUCCUUUCUUUUCUGGAGGAUGCCCAUUCCAGAGCUGGAUCUGUCUGAGCUAGAAGGCCUAGGUCUGUCAGAUACAUCCACCUACAAGCACAAGGACAGCAACGUUGGCAAAAUGACCGGGCAAGCCACUGCAGCUGAGCAAAAGAAGAACCCUGAAGGCGAUGCCCUCCUUGAGUACAGCACCUUCAACUUCUGGAGAGCUCCCAUCGCCAGCAUCCACUCUUUCGAAUUGGACUUGCUCUAAGGCCCAGACUUUGCCAUCCUACCACCUGGCCCUCAUUGCCUUCCCUUGCCCGCCCCUCCCACUUUUACCCAUUUUCAUCUUGCUCUCCCCCAUACUGUGUUCAGGUGGUGCUGAUGAAUCUGCCAGAGUUGUCUUGUAUUUAUUUGUUUGUUUAUUUAUUUAUUUAUUUAUUUAUUCAUUCUUUCCUGUUAGCUUCUCUCAAAAGCUUUCAAACCACAAAGGAACAGGUUCAGGUCAUGGUAGUGUCAUGUCACGAGGACAUUAAUUCCAGAAAACUGGCCUGAAGACAUCCCUAGAGAGUGGUACAGUAGUGCAAAGUGGAGGGCUUUUCACUUGAUUUGAAUCAACUUCAGACUGCUCAGACUGCUCAAACUGCCUUAGUUUCCUGCUACAGGCAGGACCCAGGUAUUUCUUCAUGGGUUGAAGAAAACUUGGUAACUUUUAACUGGAGAUCAUCUGCUGUAAGACUGGUUUCUUAAAUGGCUAGAGCAACGAGACUCUUGCUUGUCUGAGCCUGUUCCCUCUUUUUCUCUGGGAAAUUAGGGUGGGUGGGGGGUAAAGAUAUAAAACAAGAGGAAACAAUACAUCAUGGAAAGUAAAAAUGUCAAGAGGGUGGUGUUUCUUUUCAAGAAAAAAUGGUACAACUUUGCUAACUCUAGGAUGAAAACUUUCGCUGAGGGAAUUCACUGAUUUCAAACCUAAAAGAUGCAGUCUUGCCAUGUGAUCAUCUGUAAAGUUCUGAUCCAUUCUUCUAUAGGGCAGAGGGUUUAGUUAAUAGUAGUUUAGUCUUGUCCUAUUUCUGGUGUCUGCAAUACCAGUGAAUGGGAAUUGGGCAAAAUUCUUCAGCUAAUUUAAGAUCUUGAAUGGAUCACGUGUGUUUUACCAUAUAACUUGUCCCCAAGUUUUUCCAAAAUUAUUGUUAAUUUGUGUUGCCCUUUGCUCAUUUCUUGAAUAAAGAUAUUCAACCCCA